UAUUUCUGGGUUAGCGGAGUCUGUAACCUGAAGGGUGUGUAACCUGAAGCAUAUGUAACCCGAGGUACCACUGUACUAGCGUAAAAGGAGGGAGGGGAGUCGGGAAGAAAGGGAACAACUAAAAGAAUGCAUGGCAUGAGAUUGUGUGCUAUUGGGUUCCAGAGAGAAAAGGGGGUUUAACAGUGAAUGUUGGGCUGAAAUACAGUAUAUUGCAAUGUGGCCCUGGGGAUGAAGAAAGGGGAGGCACGAAAGCCCCAGCUUGCAGCAAUCUUUUGUCCAUUUAUAAGGCCAUCGUGAAGUCACUUUCUUAUCUCCUAAAACUGUUGCAGAUUAAACAUCUGCAUUUCCUUAAAACGUUUUCCAUUCAAACCUGUAUUUACUUAACAUCUUUCAGCUCAAGAUAAAAUGCACCUGCGGAACACAGAGGCCUCACAAACCAUAUUUAUGUACUUUUAAUUUUUUUAAUUGAAUAUGCAUUUAAUUGAACCAAAGGUCUGGACCUCAGGACUCUCAGCAAACCAUAUUCCUUCUCACCAGACCACUUUCCGCACUGGCUCUGCUCCAUGACCUCCUCAAGUUCUUUUGCCUGGUUGGAAUAUUAUUAUUAAUAAGGACCGCCUCUUUCCAUAUGAACCUACCUGGACCCUGAGAUCAUCUUCUGAGGCCCUCCUUCAGUGGUCCAGAGGGUGGCAACAAAAGAAUGGGCCUUCUCUGCAGUGGCUCCCCGUCUGUGGAAUGCUCUCCCCAGGGAAGAUCACUUGGCGCCUUCAUUACACACCUUUAGGCAGCAGGCAAAAAUGUUCCUUUUUAACCUGAUUUGAUUUAUAUCCUAUACCCUUUUAAAAUGUUUUUUUUUGUGGGGGGGUAUUGAGUUGCUCUUUUAAUUUUCAUUAGGUAUUUUGUGGUUUUAUAUCUUGAUUUUAUUCUGUGAACCGCCCUGAGACCCCCGGGUAUAAGGCCCUAUAUACAUUCAAUAAAUAAUAAUAAUAAAUAAUAAUUCGUGUCCCAACUUUUUCCCUGAUGGGACUCAAGGUGGCUUACAAUCAGAACUGCUCAAAGCUCAAAACAACCAAUCAUUUUUUUAAAAAAUGACAAAAUUAAAGUUAUAUACAUAUAGUCAUACCUCGGGUUAAAGUAGCUUUGGGAUAAGUAUUUUCGGGUUGCGCGCUACGGCGACCCAGAAGUAACGGAGCACGUUACUUCCGGGUUUCGCUGCUCGCGCAUGCGCAGAUGGUCAAAAUGACAUCACGCGCAUGCGCAGAAGCAGCGAAUUGCGACCCGGGUCGCAUUCGCUUCUGGAUGCGAACAGGGCUCCGGAACGUAUCCCAUUUGCAUCCAGAGGUACCACUGUAUAUGUAAUCUGUUAAAACCACUCCAAUAAUUUCCAUAAAUAAGUAUGUUUUUGUACUGUGACAAUGCCCCCUUGCUCACCUGCCCAAAGAGAUGUGCAUGUUUGUGCGCAUAUAUAGAGGCCUCUGGCUUUUGCAUGGCUUGAACAUGACAUACAUUAGAAAGGUGAGGAUCAUGCCUAUUGCUCCACUCACAUUUUCUUCCUGGCCCAAAUCAUCCCUGCCAUGUGGGCCCCAGAAAAGUGUGACUCUCAGGUUGAAAAAGGUUCGCUAUCCCAGCUUUUCGGACACCAAGCAGUCUGCCCAGCACGGGGAGGGGAUAUAAUUUUUGGGGGGAGGUAUCACGCUUUUAAAAAACAAAACACCUCGUGACUCAUUCAAGGUUAUACAUACAUUCAGUCGGUGACAGGACUCACAAGGGACCUCCCCAGGCCACCAUGUGUCGAAUCCAAUGUCACACGAACACAGCCGUGCUUAUCUUUAUACCAGCCCAGUUACUCACACAGAACUGCUUGCUCAAAUAUUUUCAGGGUCAGGAAAUUCAACAUAAAAUUUCAGCUUUUCCAGAACAACUGAAAGGUGAACAAGGAAGGCACGUACAACCACAGGAAUGCACCUUCAUAUUUCCAAGCAAACGACCAAAUUACAUUUUCAGAAAUAUCAUAAGGUGCAAGACUCCAGUCUGUCAUAUGUUUGGAUGAUCCCCCAAAGAGACUCUUUGUACAUGGAAAGCUAGCAUCUCAUGGGAACGGGUUCUAAUCUAGCCUUUUCCUUGAUUUAUUAACUUUCCACAGAGUUUUAAGUGAAGGCAAACUUUUAAAGAUACAAGACCUUUAUCUUGCAAUCUGAAGUCAGAUAAAUCCCUGGCAGGCUGUAAAACAUGAUAUUUCUGAAUAUGCAAUUCAGUUCAGGAUUUAGGCAAACAAAAGAGCAUGGCUCAUCAUGAAACAUAUAUUCCUGGCUGAAGAUUAAUGUAUUUAUUUAUUUUAUGGCCUACUCUAAAUUGCUCAGGGUUUUUGUAAAUUAAUGUGUCGCAUUAAAAUGUUUUAAAAUAGAAAAUGGAAAACAAUCGCUUCCAAAAGACCCACUGUUGAACAGAUGGGCUGCAUCAACACCUGUCUAAAGACAGGAUUAUCCAAUAUCAAACUCUUUCCAAACCUCCUCUUGGUGCCUUUCCAACUCCUUCUAAAAACCUCCAAAAGGGAUUCCAUGAACACCUUAAAUUUCAAAACAUCUCUUAAUAUUAACAAAUUCACUUUAAUGUUUACAUUUAUAUCUACUCUGGGACCUUAGGGUGCAAGGCAGGUAAAUAAUAAUAUUUAUAAGAAAUAAUUCAAAGUUACUUUUCUUCCUUUUCUUCAAAUUUUGGCUGCCUUCCUUCCUCUUUUUGUUGGCAGUCCUUUACAUUUUUAAAAAUACUAUUAGCUUAACCCCACCCCCUAAACACUCAAUCUUAACCCCUUAAUGUCUAGCACCUACCUGUUCACAGUCUCUCUUUUGGUGGAAGGGAGAACCUCCUCUAAGUUUAUGUAUUUGCAAAGGAAGAUUUUAAUUCCAAGGGUAACGAAGGUCAUCAGAGAAAUGUGUGCCUUUUCUGAUAAUAAAUUAAUUUACUUUCUCUCCCCAUCUUGAUCACACACACAGGUCGAAAUCCCACUUGCAAUAUGAUUGUAGCUGCCCUUGGUCUUACUCAUCGAAAACCACAAAAGUGAAAAGGAAGCUUGAAAUAUGCAAAAAUGUCACAUGCUACACUGAACAACACUUCAGUGCCUGCAAAGGUAUUGCUCAAGACUAUCCUGUCUGCAAGGCUCAACCGGACAACUAAAAACAAGAAGCUACAGACUCACCUGUAUUCAGGCAAACUGACUCUUAACUUUCCACAUAUAGUUAUAGAGCAAUGAUCAUACUGCAGCCCCUCACCUUAGGGUUGGUGACUUUGUUUGCUUUAGAAAUUAGGCAAAUUUGCAGCCACAACUAUAACCACUUUCACAAGAUCACUCUGCUAAGAGUUCUACUACAUUCCCAAAUACAGAAGUCAGGUGUAGACACAAACAGGGCACCAAACUUUACUUUAAACACCAUGCUAUUUUAUGGGAAAGUUGACGUCAUGGAACAAUCCGGGCAAAGGUAAACGUUGAUUUUAAUGGAAGAGUUAAGCAAGAAGAAAUCUUUGCCAUAGCUCAUAUGAAAACCAAGUACCGAAAGAAAAUCCACCUAAAGUUUGUUUCAAUGGGACCUUUAGCAAGCGACUGACCAAACCAUUUUUCCAAUUAUUGUCAUGACCCAAACAAUCUUGGCAAAAUAUCCAUGAGACAAUGCCUCUAGUGCAUGGGUAGGCAAACUAAGGCCCGGGGGCCGGAUCCAGCCCAAUCGCCUUCUAAGUCCAGCCCGCGGAUGGUCCGGGAAUCAGUGUUUUCAUAUGAGUAGAAUGUGUGCUUUUAUUUAAAAUGCAUCUCUGGGUUAUCUGUGGGGCAUAGGAAUUCAUUCCCCCCCAUCCAAAACAUAGUCUGGCCCCCCACAAAGUCUGAGGGACAGUGGACCGGCCCCCUGCUGAAAAAGUUUGCUGACCCCUACUCUAAUGGAAGCUCCGCAAAGCCCCCCUAUGCCAAACCACACACUUUGAAAAUAUCUUAACAUUUGAACAGCAAUGAACAUUAUGUGAUCUUAGCAGAUUCUUCCAGCAUUGUUUGCGAUUACUUUUAAGCUGCAAGAGAAAAGGGGGCGACAUCUGGACAACAUUAGGAAGUGGACAGAAGACAAAAGAGGAAAUGGACCAAAAUGAAAUAAACCCUCCAUCUCUCCCCUACGGCUGUGCUGCCAUGGCAGCCCUCCUGAAACCCCUGCAGUGAGUGGCCCGUCUCAAUCCCCUCUCCCUGGAAGUCCUGGCCGAGUUUUUCCAAAAGGAAAUUCCUGAUCUCGCUCUACAAGAACCACAUGCCCUUGUUGCAAAACAAACUUGCAGCGGACUUGCUGCCCCGCUUAGCUCGCAGAUGCGCUCCGUGGGCCAAGCCAAAAAAUAAAAAAAUGCCCUCCCGGUUUACUGACCUAAAUGCACAAAGGCGAGAGAGGGGGAGCGAGCGCAAGGCGAAAAAGCGCACAAAAGGAAGCCGCUCACCUCCGCUCCAGGAUUGCAUCCUGGCUUAAAAGGGAAACGACCACUCACUCCUCGCUCUGCAAUCAAACAUCCUAACAGCGGCAAAGAUCCCUUCCCCAGUUUUUUGUCGUUUGCGCGUUGCAUCCAUAGGAUUCACCUAUGGAGGUGUUUCUGGGGGGAAGAGAAGGCUCAAGGAAGCAAUUCUUCCAACUUUGCCUCUUUGGGGCGCACUCGGAAAAAUGAAACACAGCUCACCCAGGGGUACGCACCAACACAAGGAUUAAAACAUUUCUAAGGCUGGAAUCCUCUGCAUUCUUACUUGAAAGUAAACCCCUUUGAACUCGGCGGGGUUAAUGCCGGGUGCAACCCAGGCAAUCACUUUCUCUUUUUUAAUACAUUUAUUUAUUUGGUUUUUCAAAUUAAAGUUUUACAAUCACAUAUCCAUCAUAAAAACAAGAUUCCAUAGAAUCUCCUGGACUUCCCUCCUCCUCUUUGUGGGUCCUAUUAUUAGUCAUUUCCUCCUGCAUCUUUUAUGAUAACCCAAAUCUUUUACAUCUCCAUUACAUCCAAAAUUCGCCAUUAAACUACAUUUUUUAUCGGGCGAUUACUUUCUAUGGAUCCACAGCAAGGUGCUUUAUUAUUCCUGUUACUUUCAAGGCGGAAGUUAAGCGUCCUUCCGUCCCAAGCGCUUCACUCGGAUCGCACACCUGAAUAUUUUUAAAAUUCGAGAUUAGCAACAACAAACCGCCAAAGCCGCUCUUUCUCCCGUCCCCCCAACAACGUGCCGUUUCCUUCACCUCUCCAAACCCCGCAGAAGAACCAAAUUACACAUUUACAGUUGGGUUUCCUCGGACGUAAAUCGCAAACAACCCCCAGGUAAGCGCGGAGGGGAUCACAGCCUUUGCUAGGAAGUCAUCCCUGGCGGCGAGGCUGGCUUCCCACGUAGGAACGCGCGCAACAGGAUCGGCCCCGCAGGAGCCGUGCGCUCACCUCGGGAAAGAAGUUCUCCAUCGCUGCGGCAACUCGAGGGCGCCCGGCCGGGAGAGAAGCAGCUUCAGCGGGCUACCACGUGCCGCCACGGGGCCGAUGGCCGUUCCCGGCGGGGCGGCGGAGCUGCGGCUCGGCGUCACGCCCUUCCUCCCCGCGCUGCCAUCCCUCGGCCUCCCGGCGCUGCCCUCCGGCCCAGGGGCCACCAGCACACGCAUCCAGACGCGCGCCACGAGGAGCCUUUUGUCUCAAAGCCUUCGCGAGGAACCCCGGCCGUGCCACAUGGCUCCUGCUCGCACCGGAGCCGAUCUCCUCCCUACUAAAUCCACCAGGGGGAUCUCAAUCGGCGGAAUUGGGGGGGGGGGAGCACGUCGCUGCUCUCUCUCCCCAACGAAUCCGGCUGCUCCAGAGCGCAGCGCGGCCAGGGAAAGGUACGCGCAAAACGGACACGAGCGCACACCUAGAGAGCGCAGAGUUAGGUUUCCUGGCGGCGGUUCCAAGGGACCUCUCGGGCCACGACAGUGUUGCACACACUCCGCCGCCUGAGAUUAGCAAAUCCCCGCCCUGGAGAGCGAGCGACCCAGCCAAUCCCAGGCGAGCGCCUCUUUGGAAUCUGGACCCGGGAGGGCGCGCGAGCUGCCUCUUUCUCUCUCUCGCCUUCUGUUUUUUUGGCUGCUGCAGAGGCUCU